GCGUUUCAUCCCUAAAGCUCGCCUUUCAUGCCACAGUGGUGCUGCUUGUAUGUGCGGGGACGCAGCCAAUCUCUCCUUCGUGACGCCACCGAGGCUGGGCUCAGAUGUCUAAGACUGAACAGACCCACCCUGGACGAGCACUUGGAGGGGGGAGGACGAGGCGGUGCUGAGGGGACAAAAUCACGACCUGGAUCGCAGCACCUGCCAGGGCGACUCUCACUUCAGCGACGCUCGCAGUAAGGAAAAUAAGUGGGGCAGCAUCAGAGCAUCUCGCCCGAUAACCUGCUCUCUCUUUUUUUUUUCUUUCUUUUUUGCGGAUUUUUUCCUCAAUUCCUAUGAAUUAAUAUCAGACAUCAUUGGAAAGCUUUAUUCCAGCGGACUUCAAAGCUACCUCUGUUGUGACUUCUAUGUUUUUAAACAGAAAGCAGUUAUGGCUCGUUUGAUGUCUCUCUCCGCGCAGGGAAGCAGGUUAAAGGAAGAGCAUCGAUGCGUUUAACGGGACCCCGCUCCCCUUUGUUACAUCCUCUGAAACAUUUAUUCACCCCGCCGUCCUCCUGACACCACAUCCAGCUCAAGAAAGCGAUCCACGAAGAGCACUUUCAAAUCCCAAGUCCACCUGUCAGGACGUGAAGAUUUUUGGACCAUAAGAAAUGAUACAAGACUCCUAAAUAUGAUGGGAUUUUCUGCGCCUAUUCCAAGUAAAAUUGUUAUAGAAGACCAACGUAGUUGUAUGGCUUCUUUCUCAUAGCCGGAUCCAAAAGCUUGCUCUAUUUAAAGGAAAGACAUUGACCGUAAAUAACCAUGAUAUUGUUUCGUAAAUUCAGAGUGUUGAUCCUCAUGGUGUUUCUAGUUGCGUGCACUCUGCACAUCAUGAUAGACUUGCUGCCAAAGCUGGAGAAGAGAGCUGCGGGAGCGGACGGCGAGGAGGGCGGCUGCCAGUGCGCGCAGCACCCGGGCAGGGAGGCGCAGGGCUGGGGGAAGCAGCGCGCCAGGUCGGCCGCCGAGGCGGGCUGGCCUAACAAGCACACGCUGAGGAUCUUGCAGGAUUUCAGCAACGAGCCCAGCUCCAACCUCACGUCCCACUCGCUGGAAAAGAGCACGGCCGGCGGGGACAGAGCCGGGGACCCCCGCGGGCGGACGGGACCGUCGGCGAAGGAGCGCAAGGCGCUGAUCGGGGACGCGAGCGGGGCUCGCACCGCCUCUGCCCAGGCACUCUCCCGGUUGUCGGCUUUGUUUGAGCAUCCCUUAUACAAGGUUGACCUUCCUCCUCUCACGGAUGAUGAUACUUUGUUUAACGUCAACAAUGACAUCAGGUUUUACCCAAGAGCCACAGGCAACCAGGGAUGGCAUAACGAGGAGGGAGCCGAGGACGAGGAUGAGUUUUCUCCAACGGCUGAGGCAACAGCAGAGUCCUACCCCAACUGGCUGCGUUUCCACAUCGGGAUCAACCGAUAUGAGCUGUACCCCAGGCACAGCCCCGUGCUGGACUCCCUGCUGAAGGACCUGGUCACUCAGAGGAUCACCAGUGUGGCCAUGAAAUCUGGAGGCACCCAACUGAAGUUGAUCAUGACUUUCCAGAACUAUGGACAAGCGCUGUUCAAGCCCAUGAAGCAAACCAGGGAGCAGGAGACGCCUCCAGAUUUCUUCUACUUCUCCGACUUUGAGAGACAUAAUGCUGAGAUUGCUGCUUUUCACCUGGACAGGGUCCUUGACUUUCGCAGAGUGCCUCCUGUGGCGGGGCGACUUGUCAACAUGACAAGCGAGAUCAGAGAUGUGACGCGUGACAAGAAGCUGUGGAGGACCUUCUUCAUCUCGCCAGCCAACAACGUCUGCUUCUACGGUGAAUGCUCCUACUACUGCUCCACUGAGCAUGCUCUGUGUGGUAAACCAGACCAGAUCGAAGGCUCGCUAGCAGCCUUCCUACCAGACCUGAAUCUGGCCAAACGCAAGACCUGGAGAAACCCCUGGAGACGCUCAUAUCACAAGCGCAAGAAAGCAGAGUGGGAAGUGGAUCCAGAUUAUUGUGAUGAGGUGAAGCAGACACCCCCAUAUGAUCGUGGAACCAGAUUGCUGGACGUCAUGGACAUGACCAUCUUUGAUUUCUUAAUGGGCAACAUGGAUCGGCAUCAUUAUGAAACUUUUGAGAAGUUUGGAAAUGACACGUUUAUCAUUCACCUUGACAAUGGAAGGGGAUUUGGAAAACACUCACAUGAUGAGCUGUCCAUUCUUGUGCCUCUCAGCCAGUGUUGCAGGGUCAGGAAGUCCACUUACCUGCGUCUCCAGCUCCUGGCCAAGGAAGAGUACCAGCUGAGCUCAUUGAUGGAGGAGUCUCUGCUGCGAGACCGUCUGUCCCCUGUCCUCAUCCAGCCUCACCUGCUCGCUAUGGACCGGAGGCUCCGGCUGGUUCUGCAGGUCGUGGCGGACUGCAUAGAGAAAGAGGGUUAUGUUAAUGUUGUGGAGGAGGACCUCUCUGGGGACACAGCCAAUCACAGGGGCCCUGGCCACAGGUAGUGAGGGCGAAAGUCUUCCAGGGUGACAACACUGACAAGUAGCCCUAAUGGACCACAUGCAGCGUUGGCUGUUUACCUAUUGGGAUUGGACCAAAAAUCCCACCUCUGAAAUCAAGCUGAAUUCAGUGAAUUCCAAGACUGCCAUCAUUGCCUCUAUAGAAACUGCUCUUAGGUGUGUUUAUAUCAAAAAUGUAAAAGAAACAUGCUCACGUGGAGGCUUUAUAACUGACAUAUACAGCCAUAUUUCUUUUGUUUAACUGUUUCAGACAUAGAAUAACUUCUGCUGUGUUUUGAUUUAUGACAUGGUAUGUUUUGUGUGUUUUUAUAAAUACAUAACCAAAUGCAAAACACUGACUAACUGAAGGGCAUAUAGUCAGACAAUAUAAGCUUUAUCAUUUAUCAUGACGUAUCAGAAGACUUUGUUAGAAAAAAAGCUAGAUUCAUUGUUUUCAGUGAAUGUUCCAAAAACUAUGACAUGCCUGGAAACUAACAUCUUAUAACCUGGAGAAUAUGGGUAUGUCCACACAGUGUGUUUCUAAGCUUUAUUUCCCUUGGCACAGACUUGCAGUAAAACAAGCUUAAUUUUACUACCUACUUCUGAAAAGUAUAAAUCUCAAACCCAAUUUUUAUUUUACAGUUGUACAAUAAGAACUUUGACUUCGCCUUAGUUUUUUUUUUUUAAAUGUCUCCUUAUUUUGUUUAUCUUGCACUACAUGCAUUAAAGCAAACAACAUAAAAAAUAAAUAGAUAAACUUAGCAAACCAAAAAAGCUCAAUAAUUCUGGAAUACCACCUAUGUCCUUUAAUUUAUAAAAAAAGAGACCUGACAUUUGUUUGUGUAAUCAGCCUAGAUGUAAUCUCAACUUUUCUGGAGUACAAAGUAAGUUUUCCUCUAUAUACUUUCAUUUGAUAAGAUUUGAUGGUCAAUUUGUAUUUAUUUGGUGCACAAAAAAGGUAAUACCCGUCUGUCCUGAGUUAUAUAUUCUACUUUUGAUUCAGAUACUGCAAAAUACAGUAUUCAUCAUAAAUACUUUAGGUAGAACUACAUAAUAAUAGAUAAAGCUUUCCCAGAACUUAGAGGUUAUUUUCCUGGAACUUCCCAAAUCUUUUAGGAAAUGUUCCUGUUAAUUACAAACAGGUACUCUCAUUGAUCGUUCAUGGACCUUACCAGAUACUUUAAGGAACUUUCAUUAAACUUUCAAGAAACUGAUCAUGUACUUUCAGGAACAUACAAGGCACUGUCUGGAACUUUCAUGAAAUGUACUGUUGUUGUUUUUUUUGUGCAACUUACUGUGUACUUUUAGGAACCAGUAAUUAUGGUGGGAUGACUUGUAACAAAAACUUUAAUUGGGUAAAACAAGGCAAGUUCAUUUGUAUAGCACAUUUCAGUAACAAGACAAAUCAAAGUGCUGGGGUAUACAUUCAAUUGUCCCAGAACCUCCAAGGUGCUUUCAGAACUUUUAUGGGAAUUUCCAGGUAUUUUCUUGCACUUUGCAGGUUCCAUGUAGAUCCAGCAAUGUACCAAGUUACAAGUCAACUCAUAAUGCAGCCUGCCUCCUGAAAGUACCAAGGAUUUUCCAGUAAAGCGGCAAAAAGGUUUCAGGAAAGUUGCUGAUAAGUUCUGGGAGAGUUCACAUCGAAGUGCUGGAAAGUACCUGGUAAGUUCCAGAAAAGUUCUGGAAAGUAUAGGCUUGUAUAACUAUGUAUUGCUAACAUAUUUUGUAAUUGUUUACCACUGAGACUGACAUUCCAUUGGAUCACACAUUUCUGUUUAAAUGAAACCAAACAAAAACCUGUUUAAUUUUAGAGAUUAAUUUGUGCAAGUGUUGCCAGUGCAAUUGUAUUUGUAUUUGUUUUUCUCCUAAGAGUCCUGUGUAUUGGCUAACCCGGUACUUGUGCAAUGCCAGAACUACAGUACUUGAAUGUGUUUGGGUUGGCAGUAUUAACGGGAUUCCCAGAGCUACAAACAGUGUGAAGAUGACUUAAAAGAAGAGCGUCUGGGUGAGAACAGAAAACUAUUCGCCUCAUCCAGAUACAGGGAUAACCAUUGGACACUGUUUCAUGUUUUUGAUAUUUUCUGUGUAAAUACCUAUAAAUAUUUUGAAGAGCUAUCGAGCUGCACUGCACAGUAGUUUGCUUCUGUUUUCUGCUCUUGCAUUGUUACUGUGAAGUUUACAACAUGAUUAAAGUGUGCAAUAAAACAAAAAGGGACCACAGUUGUCUUUA